AUGAGAGAUCGUUUCAUCCCACACAAUUACAAGCAAGGCCAGUAUGUGAAGUGGAGUACCUUACAACAAAACGGGGACUCUGUGGAGGAUUACAUAAAAGAAUUUGAUAGACUUGCUAUUGUAUGUGAAAUAUCUGAAAAUGAAGAGCUCAAAUUGGGUCGCUUCAUAGCUGGUUUGGAUCAAGAAUUGCAAGAUAAACUUGAAGGUUACACUAACCUCACGUUUAAUGAGGCUUGCAAGUUGGUGAUUAAGUUUGAUGCUAAGAGGAAAAAGAAGAAACCGACUACUAAUCCUCAAGUAGUACGUAAACCCUUUUCCCCCUCAAGAGAAAAUGCUUCCUUUAGCAAACCAAACAAUCCACCAAAGAAGGAUACAAAGGAUGUCAAAAUAGGUGACAUUGUGUGUUACAAGUGUGGAGGACGAGGUCAUUACAAAAGGGAUUGUCCCAACACUAGAGCAUUAACCAUGCAAGAGGUUAGGCUCAUGGCCACGCAAAAUAUCAAUUGGGAGGAGUUUGAGGAAGAAGAAGAGGAAGUUGAAGAUGAUUGUGAUGACUGCAUUGCCGAAACAAGGGAGAAGGCUAGUCUCGUGGUUAGGAGAGCAUUACAAGCACGUGUAGGAGAGGAUACUGCUCCCCAACGUCAACACAUUUUCAUCACUCGUUGCAAGGUUGGUGAAGAGGUAUGUGACUUAAUCAUAGAUGGGGGAAGUGAAGCUAAUACCGUGUCUAGAACCUUAGUGUCUAAACUUGGUCUUACUACCACUAAUCAUCCGCAGCCAUACAAGUUGAGUUGGUUAGAUUCUAAUGCUAGUACUGGAGUAAGGAAGCAAUGCAUGGUUUCUUUUUGUAUUGGUUCUUAUUGUGAUUCUCAAUUACCUUGGCAAACUGAUAAAAGGUCUAUGCAUGAUGGGUAUCAUAACACUUAUACCAUAGUUCAUGAAGGGAGGAAGAAAAAGUUACACCCUUUACCACCACCACGCUUUUCACCAUCACGAACACCACAAAAGGAAGUGUCAUUACUGUCUUUUAAAGAGUUUGAGAGGGAGUUGGAUGGUAAGGGAGAGUUGUACAUGUUAUACUCCAAAGAAAUCCACGAAAAAUUUGUUGCCCAAAAUCCAAAAUUAGCCAGUUUGAUUAGGGAUUUUGAAGAUGUUUUCCCGGACGAGUUACCUAAAGGACUACCACCCAUCAGAGGAAUUGAGCAUCAGAUUGAUCUCAUUCCCGGAGCACCCUUGCCUAAUAAGCCAGCCUAUAGAUGUAACCCUUUAGAAACUAAAGAGUUGCAACGUCAAAUUGAAGAGUUAAUGGGUAUGGGUUAUGUGCGUGAGUCCAUGAGUCCAUGUGCCGUACCUGCCUUGUUUCCAAUUCCAAGACUUGAUGACAUGCUUGAUGAAUUAAGUGGUUCCAAAAUAUUCUCAAAGGUGGAUUUGAGAAGUGGCUAUCAUCAGAUUCGUAUGAGGGGAGAAGGGGAGGAUGACCAAGAUGGUCAAAGGGUAAAUAUCCAUGAUCAAGAUGAAGAGGUUCAAAACGAUGCUAAUGUUCCAAGUAAUAGAGAAUUGUUUUUGUCCAAAGCAUUCUUUACUUCUAUACACGGUUUUGGCCCGAAGAGUUUAUCACAUGGUUACACUUCACUUAGUAUAAUCAACCUUGUUGAAGGCAUCAACUGA